CGCCAGGCCAUUCGACAGACACCUCGAGCUCGACGAACAAUAUUAUUUUGCUAUAUAAAUAGGCACUGCAAGUGUGUUGGCAGAUCCUUGGAGAAUUGGCUUGACCAAAUUUGAUGAGAAAAAGUUCAAUAUGGUCUUACUAUUGGAUGGACAUUGAUUUGUGUCAAAACGCAACGCAACAAUAGUAGACCAAAGGAAGUGAAUGAGCUGAACUGACCUAACGCAUUCGCCUGAAAAAGCGAAGUUUUUCAUAAAAUUUUCUUCACGGCCUUCAGCUGAUUGACCCUAUUUUGGAGAAUAGUGGAGGAUCAUCCAUCCAAAAUCAGCAAAUCUAAAGCUUUGGUGGAACUAAUUCUUCUUCUGCAGAUGAUCUUUGUGUACGAUAGAUGCAUGGUCUAGAGAUCCAAUAUUCACCUGGGAGACUCAGGGAUUCUUAACUAAAAGGGGACCUCAAAGAACAUGGAACCGCCCGUGGGACGUGCCUGUCGCCAAAGUAAGAGAUCAGCUGCCAUACGUUCGAAAUACAGGGAGGAGAGUGAUCAAGACACAGCUCCUACAGUCAUGAAGAAAGAUGCAAAGAUGUCGCAAUUAAAAUGCGAUGUGUGCAGCCAAGGUUUCCUGAGGGAAAGAGCUCUCUUGAACCAUAAGCAGACCCAUGUCAGUGGUGCCUUCAGUGAAAGAUAUUCUAAGACCUUGACUUCCCUCGGAAGGGAAGGAUCUGUUGUGAGUGUACAGAGAUACCUUACAUUGGAUAUAGCAAUGGCUCUGAAACUACGAGGUAGCAAGUCAAACAAAAGCCGAAAACCAUCUGGCAGUGGAGGUGUUUCAAAAGAGAUGGCAAUACAAAGCUGGUCUAAGGAACUGAACUCUAAGCAGAUGAAAGGGACUGAGAGACGACCUCGUGUUUCAAAAUCUAAGAAAGUAGACAGAAUUUUAUCAAGCCAGACUCGAUCUGACAAAAAGGAAAGAAAAGGUGUAAAUGAAACACCAAAACCUACUGAUAUUUUAAGUGUGCAUGGGGUGGGCUGGGAAUGUCGGAGCUCUAAAAACCCUGCAAAAUCUAGUGCAAUAAAUAUUUCUGUGAGUGACCAAGAUGAAGAAAAACCCAGGACUGUGCUAGAAAUGGUGACUGAUGCUUGGAAUAUUUUGGACACCGAUACUUCAGACGUUCCCCAGCCUAAGAAGCUCAACCUGAAAGCAGAAGCCAAAGAAAUUAGUUUGUGUGUUAAUGUGACAACCAGAGACAAGAGCCUGCAAGGAUCAACUCUAGAGACUGAACAAGGUCUUGGUGAAGGCAUUCAAGCUAAUCGGAAGGAACGUUCUAUAAAACUAGAUUCACUGAAAACGAGCGCUGUAACUGCAAUGCACGAUGAGGUUAUUGAGCUAGUUAGCAGCCUGAAAACCAGGGGUAUGGAAGAGAAAUUGAUGUCUGUGAGUUCUGAUGAAUCAGAAUCCGGUAAGAGUGAUACUGAUUCUGAUUGGAAUGAUGAGUCCAAGGAAACAAUAAGCGGUGAAAAAGACCAAUCUACUGAAAGGAAGAACAGGAGAGCAAAGAGGAAUACAUUUUGUGAAAUUUGUCAAAAGGAUUUCCAAAAUCUUCCAAGGCAUCUUUUUACUCACUAUGGUGAGCGAAGCCACAAGUGCAAAGUCUGUGGGAAAGCAUUCUUCGAGGCCCGCGUCCUUGACAAACACGAGACGACCCACACAAAGAAGUUCAAGUGUGGCGUCUGCGGAGAGAUGUUCAGCAAGCUUCGAGUAGCUAGGCGGCAUGCCAAGAUCCACCUCCCCAGUAAACCCUACAGCUGUGAGAUCUGCAAACAAGCCUUCCGCACCCGAAGCGACGUUCGGAAUCACUUAAAGAUCCACUCUUCCAGACGUUUUGUGUGUGAUAUCUGCGGACAGGGGAAACACAGCCUCAAUGCACUCAACUCCCACAAGCGAAAACAUACCGGCGAGAAACCCUAUGUUUGUGAGAUUUGUGGAAAGAGCUUCAGAUACUCUAGUGGCUUGCACGUUCAUAACUUCUCCCACACAAGCGGAAAACCUUAUUCUUGUCCCAUCUGCAGAGAGACCUUUGCCCAUAACUACCUGAGGAAGCGCCAUCUCUUGACUCACAAGACAGAUGCAGUAGUCUCGGAGAAGGAUAGUCAGGGUGACGUUUCUCUCGAAGCUGAUGUGCAGCAGAACAAGAAACUCAUUAUUCAACAGCUUUCACCUAACUCCCAGGAUGUGGCGACGAUUUCACAACUUGGCAACAUGGAACAGACGUUGUUUUUAGAAGAGCCAUUGAUGCAGGAAACCAAUGCUGAUCAAGCUACUUGCAACCCAGAGACAGAUCUGCCAGGACCCCAAUCCUCCUUUCAGAAUGAUCAACAGACGUUUGCCAACAAGGCGAGGAAUAUCAACAAGGUUCUGGGACCGGAUGCUUUCAAGCAAAACUUGAUCAAUGGCCGUGGCAGACGUCAAACACCUGUAGAUUCUCUUGUUUUACCUCUGUGUGAUGGGACCUAUAAGUCUCUCAAGGAUUUGCAGCGACAGGGCAUAGAAAGCGACGAUCUGCCAAGACACUAGUAACAGAUUUCAGAAGAGGGAGCUUGUUCCAAAGUAAGAAGCGGCCGAGGUGAAAGCUACAGGCAUCACCAGGAGUUUGGAGCAGAGUGGCUGAGAGAGCAAAGGUCAUCGAUGAUACAAGUCAAGCGCCCCCUAUGUGAUGAAAGCCCCGUGAGAUCAUCCCAACUUACUAUAAAGAGCCCAGGUUUCUAAAUUAUGUAACUGCUUUUAUACAUGUAGGUGUUUUUAUGUGUGUAAUGGUUAUAAAUAGGAUGCCUUCAGAAAUUCAGUAUUAUAAACGAGUCCUCCAAUUCUAUGCUUUUCUAUUCUAUCCAAUUUGUAUUACUCUGAAUGGUACAAGAAUUUUAACAAAACUAUUCAACAUUUUGGUUAUGUUGACUCCCCAGUUCUACUUUCUGUUGAAGGCGGUAUUUUAUGAUGAUGAUUUCAGCUACUUAAAGAGACUACGCAUCAUCUGUAUCUUUGGGGUUUGGACUUUGAUAUAUUACGCCUGACCCUGGCUUUGCCCCAAGAAAUCUCUGGUUUCAGAGGCAGAGUCUCUGGUGUCAGAGACAUAGUCACUGUCGAGGACUGAAUAGGUUCUCGCUCCAGGCUACGGCAAUUCAUGUGUUCAUAUGUUUGUACAUUUUGUAUUUAUGUUGUAGGGCCUCCACGGAAAACAGUAUUUAACUACUGAUGGAGCCACCCUACUAAAAACAGACUAAUUAAUAAUUGAAUAAAAGAAAUAAACGUUGGAAAUACAAGAUUCUUUGGAUGUCCAGGGGGCGAAAAAAAAAUCCUACAAACUUUGAGCUCGCGAGGAGAACCUGCGCAUGCACACUCGCGAAGGAAGCCAGCGCAUGCGCACGUGGAAUCCGGUAGGGUGGCUAAUAGGGUGAUAGUAAUUAUACAAAUCGUUCUUUUGUCAACUCAUCGCUUGCUCAAUCGGUAAAGACAGCGUGAUACUAAUAGAACGUUGGAGUUGACCAGAGGGUUCAAAUCUCAGUUUAUUUAGUGUUUUGCCUUUAUAAAUAGUGAGGCAAAGCAAUAAAUAAUCAAAGUCCAAUUGUUUGUGACCUCUUUGCAUGCAUCAAGUAUAAAAGUUCGUUGGAAAAAAAAGGACGCGUCCAGGGGAUCCUUGGACAAGCACCAUGUUGAAUUUUCUCCCUCAAAGAGAAUUAAAUGUUUUUGAUAUACACUGUA